AUGGAGGACACCGUCUUGGUCCAAGAAGGAAGCGAUGAGCCUACCGGUCCGGGCGUCAUUCUCAGCAAGGAAGACCAGGCCAGAUAUGCUAAAGUUUUGCGUCCCAAUAUUCCUCCGCCUAUUGACCCGAACUCUUAUAUGGCAUUUAAGGACUACGACGAGAUAGAAGAGCGCCUUGCACGCCUUCGCAUCGUUUAUUACAAGAUUGUGAAGCCAGUGGCUGCACAUGAACUAAAGGAACCAGAAGAGUACACUGAGGAUGAACUUAUUAAGGAGUCCUACUUUCGGCAUUUGGAGGAUGAUGAUAGUUUUGAGUGGUUCUUCCAUCACGACGAUAGCCAGAAUCCUGGAUUGAAUGACUACCAACGCAUUGUCCUUAGUAAUUUCCUGCCCGAUAGUUGUGAACGCCAGUAUCGCUAUCACGAUGAUUACCGCUCACGUUAUCAUACAUAUGAAAUUGAUUCCGUUUACGUCAAGUACUAUGGAGAAAUAUCAAAGAAAUUGAAGUGGGUUGCAGAUUAUGUACAUCUGGAUCGCAGUACCGAGAAGUGGAGAAACAUGGAUACUAUAGCAUGGAGGCAAGCAUUGAGGAUUGCAACCCACUUCCCCCAUAUGACUGUUCGUUUAGCUGCUUUUGCUUAUAAUGAGUACAUUAUAGAGCUGACAGAAGAUGCGUCCCUGAAGGACAUAGAUCUUCUCUAUUUUGAGAUAUGGAGGCUUGUCGCCAAGGAAGAUAGAAAAUACUUAGAUGCUGUGAAGGAAGUAUAUGCAAUGGACAAAUUUGCUAUACACAAAAGGGUACUACAUGCUGAACUGAAUGCGGGUACUGUCUUUGUAACAAUAAAGCAAAUGAUUUAUUCCAUUGUCAAGGAGGGUGGCAUUGAUCUGAAGGCUAAAGAGGAUGAAGCUCGGGCUGUGUUUAGCAAGUUAGCUUUCGGGAAGCAUAAAACAAAGAACAUGGCGCAGUACGCUGAGAAGAAGAUGGAGAUCGCAGAUCGGUUGGGUUUGGACAAAAAGGGAUAUGAUUAUGGGAACAUUAGAUUCGUCGCCUUUGAUCUGAAAUCUAUCUCUGUCCCUUUUGGUUCUGAGAUCAAGUGUGUAUAUAUGGUCCUUUAUCUCACCUAA